CAUAAUUCACUUCCCUCUUCAUAUGCAGCUUAUCUUUGGCUUUAUGACUUCGACGAGUUUCAGGGAUGUCACUCUUUUUACAUUGUUCUGAAGAGAACUGCAUUCCUCUUCAUUCAUGUUCCGGUAAAGGAUCGAGUCUGCCCUCUAGAGGCUGAGAAAGUCAGUGACACUCUGGGAUAUUUGUGACAGCAGGAGGGGUUCAUCUGGUAGUUAACGCGGCAGCCUGAACAUAAAUGUGGGAGAAUCUGAAAGUGACUUUUGGUUUCUUAAUAAAGCAUAUAAAACCCCCCACUUCUCAGUGGUCCUAUAUGAUUUCCAUCAGAAAUAUUUCUAAUACAUGAUGCCUUUCCUUUAAUUGUAACAUUUAUGCAGUUUCAAUACUCUGAAGCAAGGCCAGAUUUUACACUUAUUAGUCAUUUUACAAAUCCAAUAAGAGAUGCCCUUUUGAUCCCAAAUCUGGGGGGAAAAAAAAAUCAGGAAAUGACGUAUGGCACACAUCAACUUUGUCCCUACUGUUUACAUAAACACUAAUGGCUAGACUCAGUCCCACAUGAGCAGGAGGGAACAUAUAUAUAUAUAUAUAUAUAGCCUGAGCGUCGCAGCAGAGCAGGUAGACAUACAGAAAAAAGGAGGGGAAAAAAUGUUUAUUAUGACUGCAGUCUGUCUUCUGCUCCUACUGCCUGGCUUCAGCGCUCUAAUGGGAUCUCCUCAGGAUGAGCUACAGGUCAAAUUCUCCGCUUUAGAUUCCUCUGCAGACACCACAGUAAGCGACCGUUUGCGUCGCUCAACUCUGAUUCCUGACAUCACGCAUCUGGAGCUGCUGGUGGUCGUGGGGCCGGACGUCCAGCAGGUCCACAAGCAGGACACGGAACGAUACAUCCUUACCAACCUCAAUAUCGCCUCUGAGCUGUUGAGAGACAUGACCCUGGGUGCCAACAUGAGGGUUCACCUGGUUCGCAUGAUCAUCCUGUCGGAGCCAGAGCCAGAGAUCCAGAUGUCCACCAACAUCACCUCGUCUCUGAGGAGUGUGUGCGACUGGGGUAGAAGGAUCAACCCCUCCAAUGACUCAGACCCGCUACACGCUGACCUCCUGCUGUACAUAACAAGGUAUGACCUGGAGCUGCCCGACGGGAACAAGCAGGUCAGGGGGGUGACACAGCUGGGAGGGGUCUGCUCCAAAGACUGGAGCUGUGUGAUCACAGAGGACACGGGAUUCGACCUGGGCAUCACCAUCGCUCACGAAGUCGGCCACAGCUUCGGAAUCGACCACGACGGAUCGGCGAACGGCUGCAGUCGGAGCGGCUUCAUGAUGGCCUCGGACGGAGGCUACAACAGCGUGGAUCUGACCUGGUCCCCCUGCAGCAGACAGCAGCUUCUCACCUUCUUCAGUGAAGGGAGAGCUGAAUGUGUGAAGGAUUUCCCCGCACUGAGAGGCUCCCUGCAGGACUGGAAGCCCGGGCUGUAUUACGGCGUUGACGACCAGUGUCGCAUAGCCUUUGGCAGCACUGCCAGAGCCUGCUCUUUCUCCAAUCCUGACCUGCCGGCUUGCCGUGCUCUGUCCUGUCAUGUUAAACCCGAAGACAUCAGCUCCUGUAAACGCCUCCUGGUUCCACUGCUGGAUGGAACAGAGUGCGCACCCAAUCAGUGGUGUCUGAAGGGACGCUGUGUGUCCCCAGAUGACUUCGGCGUCUCUGUCGUAGUCAACGGCUCCUGGUCCAGAUGGUCUGGGUUUUCCUCCUGCUCCCGGACGUGUGGCGGAGGGGUCAUGCUCCGUACGAGGGAAUGCAACAACCCCAGACCUGCUUUUGGAGGGAAUGACUGUGACGGCCCAGAUAUCGAGGCUGAACUUUGUAACCAGCUGCCUUGCGAGCGGACCCAGUUGGACUUCAUGGCAGAGCAGUGUUCCCAAACAGACCCCCAGCCUUUAUACUUGCUUCCCAACACUGCCUCCUUCUACAAAUGGAUCCCUGCUAUCGGCUUUGUCAAAGGGGAUGAGCAGUGCAGAUACAUGUGUCAGUCAGAUGGAGAGAGCUUCAUAGUGAGCCGUGGGUCUUAUUUUGCGGAUGGGACUCGCUGCAAGUCAGACGUCUCAACUCCUUACGGCGCAACAGCUGCUUGUCUUCGAGGGAGAUGUCAGGUGUUCGGCUGCGAUGGCGUGCUGCACUCUGGGAAGGCGUGGGAUGUGUGCGGGGUGUGUGGUGGAGAUGGGUCCACCUGUAUUUUGACAUCCGACUCGUACAGCGGCGGCGGUGCCAAAGACUACAACACGUUUCUCACUCUGCCGGUGAAUGCCACUCAGGUCCAUGUUGUCAACAGGGCGCCUGUCUUCACUCAUUUAGCUGUGAUGGUCGGGGAUCAGUACAUCGUGUCUGGAUCGGGUACCAUGGCUCUGAAUACCACCCAUCCCUCACCACUAGAUGACGACUACGUAGAGUACAGCCUUCACCUGACUCCUGACCUUUUACCCGAGAUGGAAGAGGUGGUAGUACCUGGUCCUCUGAAACAGGAGAUAACCAUGCAGGUCUAUCGAAAAUAUGGAAAGGAAUAUGGUGAAAAAACAAAUCCAAACAUCAGCUUUCAGUUUUAUGUGCCAAGAAGCAAGUCUUUGACAGACAGCUCACCCAGAGGCAAAUGGGCUCCGUUAGCAACACCCUGCUCUGUCACUUGUGGAUUGGGUAUACAGAGGAAUGAGCAUGUCUGCGUAGAUGAAGACACCAACAAGCUUUUGAAGCCACACUACUGUAAAGCCUCUCCUCCACCCACAGCACUACACACAACCUGUCAGCUUCCCUCCUGUCCCCCCAGGUGGGAUGCAGGAAAUUUCGGGGUCUGCAGUGCCUCCUGUGGCGGCGGGUUUCGGGUGCGUCACGUGCGAUGUGUUCAAAAGCGUGAACACAUCGUGGUAAAGGUUCCCGAUUCACAGUGCUCCACAGAUACCGCUCCCCACCCUGUGGAAAAAUGUAACCUGCACCACUGCCCUGCCAGAUGGUCUGUCUCAGAGCCGGGGAACUGCUCUGCUGUGUGUGGACCGGGGGAAGCAGAACGCAGUGUGUCUUGCGUCCGGCAAGAAGGCGGCUUAGAUGUCGAGGUGGACCACAGCUUUUGCUUAAAUCAGAUCAGACCUCCAGAUUCGGUGCCAUGUGUGGUGGACGUCUGCCCCAUUGGGUGGGACUCUAAGGGGGAGGAGCGGCCCAGUUUAAAGUCUGGCCUGCUUCCACGCUCCAGACAGACUCCUGUGUAUGUCUGGAGCCCCGUAGUCAGCCAGUGUUCUAGGAGCUGUGGGAAUGGAACCCUACAGGUUUGGUUUUCUUGUGUGGAUCACCAGACCAGACUGGGGGUUCCUGACUUCCACUGUGACUCCUCCAGCAAACCAGAGCCGCACACUGAGAUGUGUGGUUUUUCUCCCUGCCCUCCAAUGUGGCGCUCUAAGCAAGGAGUCUGCAGCGUAACGUGUGGAGGAGGGGUAGCCAAGAGAGUGCUGUACUGUGCUAGAGAGGCAGAUGGAGAGGAGGAGGAGGAGGUGUUGGAGGAUUACAACUGCAGCGGCUUUCCCAAACCAACAGCAGUGGUUUCAUGUAAUACUCACAGCUGCCCUGCAAGGUGGAAGGUAUUUAGGACGUCACCCUGCUCCGUGUCCUGUGACCUGGGGGUAGCUCAGAGGAAUGUCUCCUGUGUCCAGUUUGUCCACGGGAAGGAGAGCGUGGUGCCAGAGGACGGCUGCCGUGCAGCUGUCCAACCUGCCACCACUGUGCCUUGCCUGGUGCAAGCGUGCACCUUCAAGUGGGAGGUGAAACCAUGGAGCCAGUGCUCAGCAUCCUGUGGCUACGGUAUCCAGUCCCGAGCUGUGUCCUGUAUGGGCCCCCCUAAGCCUGAGCCCCUCAGCCCCCUGUUUUGCAUGCACAUGCCCAAACCGAUCACAAUCAGAGGCUGCGACACGGGCAGCUGCAGAGACGUGGCCUUGAACAAGACCACUCAAACCCUGAAAGCAAACUCCACGGAAAAGCCUCUUCCAUCUCCUCCUCCGGUUCAUAAAGAUGCGCCACGGCGCCGCCUGGGCAGCCUUCCUCCGAGGCCGACAGAGACCAUGGCCAUCGUAGAGACUACCACAGCCACUCCAACGCCUAAGCCUAAUGCAUGUGGACAGCUACUGCUGGAGGAAUCAGGCACUGUGGAUUUGCACAAUGCGCCGAGCAGAUGCACAGUGUCGAUUGGUCGACCCCUCGACGAGGUCAUCAGCAUCACACUCAUAUCCAGCUCUUUGGAUUGCAGAAAAAGGGAAUACGUGGCAUUUUUCGAUCGUCUGGCUUUUGUGAGGAAGUGUGUGCAGGCAGCAGGCAGUGAGCUGACCACCAGAACCAAUGUCCUGCUUGUCCGGCAAAGUGUGGUCACUCCUGGAAAUGGAGUUGUGUUUAUCUACAGAUCGAAGAAGAAUACAAAAAGGAGUCACCAUCAGGAUUGUGACAUUCAGCUAUUUUCCCCCAGCGGCAUUUUUGAGAAUCCGGUUACAUCCAAUACCAGCCACACCUGCCGAGUGCUCAUCAACGCCCCUCCCUCGGUGAAGAUCAGGAUCCAGGCGCUCCACAUAGCGCUACCAUUCAACACCACUGGCACCCAGUCCACAUAUAUCAUGAUCCGAGACAUGGAUGCCUUAAAGACCAACGUGUUUAACGGCCAGCAGCUGUUCCUGUGGCACUCCUCUGGAAAUAUGGCUGAGGUUGAAUUUCAUGGCGACUACCUGUAUUCCAAAGGAACCUUCAGAGCUGAAUACUCCUUUGUGCGUCUUUGAUCCACGACAUAAACUAUUAAGAAUAGAUUAUAUGUUUAGCAUCUUUCUUUUUCGUUUACAGUAUCACUAUCAUUUAUUCUAUUUCAUAGAAAAAUCCUUUUUCAUUUAAUUUACAUAGCUAAAAUAUAUGCUUCUUGAUUUUUCACCUGAAAUAAACAUACAAACCAAGGCGCCCGGGAUCUGUUAAGAUUCACCAGGAACUGGUAAGAGAAAAAAAAAAAA